GCGGCGACGCCGGCGGCAUCUCCGUCGGCUUUUAGCAACCAUGCUCCCCUACGAGCAGCUGAGGCUAUAUAAUCCUCCAUGAACCGGCCUCGUGGAUCGUACGAUAUCAGUCGAACAUGUUCAAGAUCCAACACCCUUACGCUUGGCUGUUUUGUGCCUUCGCCUCUCUCGGCGCGUGUCUUUACGGAUAUGAUGGCGUCUACUUUACGGGAGUCUCUGCCAUGGACUCCUUCAUCCGCGAUUUCGGCUCCCGCUCCUCUUCGGGCGGAUACGAGAUCACACCCUCCGAGCUCUCACUCAUGACAUCCAUGAUCAACGUUGGGGAACUCGUUGGCUCGCUCACCGCCGCACCUAUCAAUGACUUCUUUGGGCGCAAAGGCGCGUUCUUGACAGCAGCUCUUGUCGUCAUUGUCGGUGUUGUCCUUCAGGUCGCGGCCGAGGGACAUGUUGUCAUGGUUAUCGUUGGUCGUAUUAUCUUGGGAUAUGGUGUUGGGUGUUUCUCUUCGACUUCGCCUCUGUACAUUGGAGAAAUUGCACCGACUGCGAUUCGAGGCCCGUUGCUCAUGUGCUGGCAACUCGUACUCUCUAUCUCCCAGAUCAUCGCGGCAGCCAUUAACCGCGGUAUGUCGACCGUCAAUGGUUCGGUAGCAUACCGUGUGCCCAUGGCAGUGCAAUUGAUCUUCCCAAUCAUCAUGCUCGCCGGUCUGUGGUGGAUCCCAGAGUCUCCGCGUUGGUUGCUUCGUAGUGGACGAGAAGAGAAAGCCAGGGAUAGUUUGCUCCUUGUAAACAAGGAGAAGAAGGACUAUGAUCCCUCCCCCGAACUCGCUACACUUCGCGAAACCGUCGAGAUGGAGCAGCAACUCGCUGCACAGUCGAAGUGGUCGGACUUGAUCCGUGACCCUAUUGAGCGUCGUAAGACCCUCUUCUCCGCGGGUGCUUUGAUCGCACAGCAGAUCAACGGUAUCCAGUGGUUCUACUACUUCGGUACUGUUUUCGCCGAAGCGAUUGGGCUCGAGGAUCCUUUCAUGAUGACCGUAAUCGUGUUCAUCAUUCAGGUCGUCACCGUUUUUCUUGCAGUCUGCUUCGCCAAUAAACUGCCCCGCCGCCCUUUGCUCCUCAUUACGACCGGUAUCAUGACUGUAUCGAUCUUCAUUGUCGGAUGCCUUGGCAUCCCGGGCUCGGACGUCAGUCCGGCUUUCGGCAAAGUGAUCAUCUCCUUCGUCAUUAUCGAGAUCACCGCGUUCAACUUCGCGUGGGGUCCCCUCGGCUGGACCAUCGCCUCCGAAAUGGCUGUGGGUCGCAACCGGAACAAGAUCUACGCCGUCGCCGUUGCAGCAUUCUGGAUUACUGUUUGGGUCACCGUCUUCACCCUUCCCUACCUCUACUACUCCGCCGACCUCGGACCCAAAGUCGGAUUCAUCUACACUGCCUUGUGUUUCGUGAGUUUGAGUUACGUAUGGUUCUGUGUGGGUGAGGUCACUGGACGGAGCAUGGAGGAGAUCGAGAGGUUUUUCGUGGAUGGAGUGCCGGCGAGGAAGUGGAGGGAUGUUGCGAGACCGUACCGCGGUAUUGGCAUGGAGAUGGACGAGGCGAAGAAGGAUAAUGACGAGACUUGGGGUGGCAGGGAAGAUGAGAAGGAGAGGGUUACGAGAGUAGAGUACGCGAAGGCAUAGGAUCGAUCUCGUGCUCGCCCUGUAGGUUUGAUCGCCGUGUACACUGUGGGAGAAAGAAGGACAUA